AUGGAACAUACCACUCCAUAUUCCUUCGACACGCUGCCUCCUGCCACUCGUUCUUCCGCCUCUUCACUCGAUACAUCCUCGCCAACGGUGUCCAUGUUCUCCAAGGGCCAUUCUUCGCGAGGUUCGGGCUCCUCCAUUGCCUCGUCUCCCGUUCCCCGAGAAUCUCUUGACAUGUUUGGUGUCCCUAAGCGGUUGGAAGAUGUCACUGAGGAGCCUCAGGAAAGAGAGGGGAUUGACGGUUACACGUUGGUCAAUGACGGCGCAUGUGACUGGAGUGACUAUGACAAGGCUUUCUCAAGUGACUACAGCCACUUUCCACCUCCCACUGCCCCGGUACAGCCCGACUGGAUCUUGGCGAUGCCCAUCGACAGUUCACUCGCCUCACAGCCUUAUCACACGCCACGUCGGAGAUCGGCAGAGCAGCUCUCAUCAACCCAAGGGCACCGCUUCAGCAGCAAGUUUGGGUCGUUGUCGCGACGGUGGAAAAACAGAUCGGCUGGGCCCCAGCUCUCAAUCGUUACGCACACCAGCGCUUCUGCUUCGCGUUCAGGAUCCUUGAGCUCGUCGCAGAUCUGCAGCCCAGCUCUCAGUGCUGUCUCCAAGCACGAAACUGUCCUGCCAUCAACCUCAAUUGUGGCGGAGACGAACGAGAUAUCCGUGGACGCUGAUGUGGGACCAACCGAUAUUGAACAGAAGACGCCAGAACGCGAGUCAUCAGAGUCAGUACAAGCUACCACACCACUCUUACCACCCAUGUUUUCCGAGUUCUGCCAGAGAGAAGAGCCUGUCUGUUCUCCUCUUCAAUCGCCGGCUAUUGCACCUACUCCUGCCGCCUUGAGCUCUCGGACAUCAUUUGAGGCCCCAUGGUCAUGCCUACCAUCCCCUCCUUUGUCGACGAAGCCGUCAAUGGUUUCUAUGCAGACGAGAUCCCGCGCAAACACGUUGAACAGUUGCGCUUUUGGCGACAUCCCUCCAUUGCAGCUUUUAGAAGACCCUUCCGAUCCCUGGGCUGUUCGCCUAGGUCAUGCAAACUACACUAUACACCCUGAGCCGUAUACGCCUGAGACCCUGGACUUGGAUUCCUACGCCGAGUUUCGCAAAAACUGGGAUCAGGCGCGAAUACACUAUGCUAAGCACAUCACAAGGACCGCCGAACACUAUGGGUCGACUUCCAAAGUCUACAAGCUGACCGAGGAGAAAUGGGCAUCGAUUGAUGACUCUUGGAAGCGACAACAUGACCUUAUGAGGACUGCUCUGGCUCCUGUGCUGGCUCGUCUGAGCGACGGAUCAGAGACACAGGAUUCCAGCACAUCGAGCUCUGUGCUCGAGAAGCCUCUUACUCGAGUGGCUGUGCCGGUCAUCGACGACAAGAGUGGCAAAUUUCCCAAGCUUGGUGACGGCGAGAUCGUCGGACCAAUGUCUGUCGCUCCCCCUCGCGCUUUUUACGACUCCAACAAGGGCAUCGAAAUCGGGAGCCCACCCGUUUCACCACACAAACGAAAGCUCUUCAAAGUCCUUUCCGAUAUCUUUCGCAAUUGA